AGUCCAAACCUACAGUCACUGGGUCCUCAUUGUGACAGUGGAGCCCAGUUUGCACUGCAGGAUCCAGAGAUGACAUCAGUGAAGCUGGAAGACUGCAGUCAAACACUGGAGCUGAAUGUCAACAUUAAAGAUGAAGAAGAGGAGGAGAAGAUUGGGAAAUCUGUUUAUGAUGGUCGACUCAGGUCAAGUCUGAGGCCAGAAACAUCAACAGUGAGGACAAACCCAGCCUGCCUCUCUCCUUCCACACUGAGUCCAAACCUACAGUCACUGGGUCCUGAUUGUGACAGUGGAGCCCAGUUUGCACUGCAGGAUCCAGAGAUGGCAUCAGUGAAGCUGGAAGACUGCAGUCAAACACUGGAGCUGAAUGUCAACAUUAAAGAUGAAGAAGAGGAGGAGAAGAUUGGGACAUCUGUUUCUCAUGGAAACCAUGUUGAGACAUUCUCUACAUCCAGAGAGCAACAGCAGGAAGAUCACAGAGCUAAGAGGUCUCACCACCUCCCACAUUGUGAGAUUUUCCCAUUUCUAUCAAAGCUAAAAAUACACCUAAAAAUACACACAGGAGAGAAUCGGAAUUCCUGUACUGACUGUGGGAAGAGAUUCACAACAUCACAAGCUCUGACAAUUCAUCAGAAAGUGCACACUGGAGAGAAGCCUUACUCCUGCCCUGACUGUGGGAAAAGUUUCUCCAGAUUGGAUAAGUUAAAAAGUCACCAACUAAUACACAGAGAGAAGCCAUUCUCCUGCUCUGACUGUGGCAAAUGCUUCAAAACAUCAACCGAGGUAAAAGUUCACCAGAGAACACACACAGGAGAGAAGCCUUACUUCUGCUCUGCCUGUGGAAAGAGUUUCUCCCGAUUGGAUACCUUAAAAGUACAUGAACGUGUGCAUACAGGAGAGAAGCCAUACUCUUGCUCUGACUGUGGAAAAUGCUUCACCACAACAUCUGAUCUAACAGUUCAUCAGAGAACACACACAGGAGAGAAGCCUUACUUCUGCUCUGACUGUGGUAAAUGCUUCAAAACAUCAACUGAGGUAAAAGUUCAUCAGAGAACACACACAGGAGAGAAGCCUUACUUCUGCUAUGCCUGUGGAAAGGGUUUCUCCCGAAUGGAUACCUUAAAAGUACAUGAACGUGUGCAUACAGGAGAGAAGCCAUACUCUUGCUCUGACUGUGGAAGAUGCUUCACCACAAUGUCUGAUGUAACAGUUCAUCAGAGAACACACACGGGAGAGAAGCCUUACUUCUGCUCUGACUGUGGUAAAUUCUUCAAAACAUCAACUGAGGUAAAAGUUCACCAGAGAACACACACAGGCGUGAAGCCUUACUUCUGCUCUGACUGUGGAAAGAGAUUCACAACAUCACAAGCUCUGACAAUUCAUCAGAGAGUGCACACUGGAGAGAAGCCUUACUCCUGCUCUGACUGUGGGAAAAGUUUUUCCCGAUUGGAUAAGUUAAAAAGUCACCAACUAAUACAUAGAGAGAAGCCAUUCUCCUGCUCUGACUGUGGCAAAUGUUUCAAAACAUCAACUGAGGUAAAAGUUCAUCAGAGGACACACACAGGAGUGAAACCUUACUUCUGCUCUGACUGUGGGAAGAGAUUCACAACGUCACAAGCUCUGACAAUUCAUCAGAGAGUGCACACUGGAGAGAAGCCUUACUCCUGCUCUGACUGCGGGAAAAGUUUCUCCAGAUUGGAUAAGUUAAAAAGUCACCAACUAAUACACAUAGCGAAGCCAUUCUCCUGCUCUGACUGUGGUAAGUGCUUCAAAACAUCAACUGAGGUAACCGUUCAUCAGAGAACACACACAGAAGAGAAGCCUUACUUAUGCUCUGACAAUGGAACGAGUUUCUCCCAAUUGGAAAAGUUAAAAUGUCCCCAGCGAAUACAAAUAGACAAAGUCUCACUUCUGCUCUGACUGUGGGAAGUCUGGUUGUUGACUGUGUGGUAUUCUGUGGGAAUAAGUUAGUAGAUAUAACAUGUGUCAGAUAGAGAUGGUGUGAUGAUCAGUUCUCUGUGGGAAUGAGUUAGUAGACAACAUGUAUCAGGUAGAGAUGGUGUGAUGAUCAGUUUUCUGUGGGAAUGAGUUAGUAGACACAACAGGUAUCAGAUAGAGAUGGUGUGAUGAUCAGUUUUCUGUGGGAAUGAGUUAGUAGACACAACAGGUAUCAGAUAGAGAUGGUGUGAUGAUCAGUUUUCUGUGGGAAUGAGUUAGUAGACACAACAGGUAUCAGAUAGAGAUGGUGUGAUGAUCAGUUUUCUGUGGGAAUGAGUUAGUAGACAACAGGUAUCAGAUAGAGAUGGUGUGAUGAUCAGUUUUCUGUGGGAAUGAGUUAUAGACAACAGGUAUCAGAUAGAGAUGGUGUGAUGAUCAGUUUUCUGUGGGAAUGAGUUAGUAGACAACAGGUAUCAGAUAGAGAUGGUGUGAUGAUCAGUUUUCUGUGGGAAUGAGUUAUAGACAACAGGUAUCAGAUAGAGAUGGUGUGAUCAGUUUUCUGUGGGAAUGAGUUAGUAGACAACAGGUAUCAGAUAGAGAUGGUGUGAUGAUCAGUUUUCACCAUUUAGUUUGGUUGUUUUUUGUUUUUGUUUUACUACUAAGCAACUUUUGUUUAGUGAUAUACAUACUUUGAAACGAUAAAUAUGUUCAUUAAAUUGUCUUAAAUAGAUGUAUUAUUUUCGUCAUUGAUUAAUGUUUUUGGAUGUCUGCAUUGAACUUAAUUGAAAUAAAUAUUCUACUUGAA